GAUGCUUGCUUUUGUUACUUAUCCUAACCCUUCGAUCGUCACAAUUCUCAUCCCAAUUAUUUAUCUGUGACUGAGUCGCACACAGUACUGACCAGUACUGAGUCUACUGACCCAUACACGAGAAAGAUGGAGGGAGCGCAGGGGCAACUUUACGAUUCCAUGGAACCCAAGGCUCAAGGUAACCCCGUCAUGAAGAAACUCCUUCUCAUACUCAACUGCAUCCUAUUAUCCAUAGGCAACUGCGGCGGCCCACUAAUAAUGCGUCUUUAUUUCAUCCAUGGGGGAAAGCGAGUGUGGCUCUCGAGCUGGCUCGAAACCGGUGGCUUUCCGGUCAUCCUCCUUCCCCUUGCGUUCGUAUACUUCCAACGCCGUGCCACCCAAGGGCCGGGAACCGAGCUCUUCUUCAUGAAGCCACCUCUGUUCCUUGCCGCCGCCUUCAUAGGAAUCGUCACCGGCUUGGACGACUACCUUUAUGCCUACGGAGUGGCACGCCUUCCCGUUUCGACCUCCUCUCUGAUCAUCGCCAGUCAGCUCGCUUUCACGGCGGGCUUCGCUUUCCUUCUGGUGAAGCAGAAGUUCACCUCGUACUCGAUCAACGCGGUGUUUUUGCUGACCGUUGGAGCGGCGGUCUUGGCUUUGCACACGAGUAAUGACCGUCCGGAGGGCGAAUCGAAUAAGGAGUAUCUUGCAGGGUUUUUCAUGACUCUGGGAGCGUCGGCGCUGUAUGGGUUUCUGCUGCCGUUGGUGGAGCUGACGUAUAAGAAAUCGAAGCAGGAGAUGACGUAUUCGCUGGUGAUGGAGAUUCAGAUGGUGAUGUCUUUCUUUGCCACUCUUUUUUGCACAGUAGGGAUGCUGAUCAACAAAGACUUCCAGGCAAUACCGAGAGAAGCAAAGACAUUCGGACUCGGGGAAACGAAGUACUAUGUUGUGAUGGUUUGGAGUGCAAUUAUUUGGCAGACAUUCUUCUUGGGAGCAAUAGGAGUAAUCUUUUGUGCCUCGUCUUUACUCUCCGCUGUUAUAAUUGCCGUUCUACUCCCUGUGACAGAGAUCCUAGCAGUCAUUUUCUACAAAGAGAAAUUUCAAGCUGAAAAAGGAGUUGCUUUGGCACUUUCUCUUUGGGGAUUUGUUUCAUUCUUUUAUGGAGAGAUGAAACACAACAAGAAAAAGAAGCAAACUCCAGAAGAAGAGAUGUCUCAAAUUCCUGGUCCAUGAUUACAUUUACCCCGCAGCCCAAAAAGAAAAUGUUGAAAUCUAUCUUAAUUUUUCCUGGUGGGGUACAUUUUAUAUUAAAGUUUGAAUAUAAGCAAGGCUGAGGCCGGCUUAUUCAAAUGUGAUAAUUUCAUUUGCGAAAGCUCUAUAUAUUUGGCUUUCAUGCAGAAACCUUAAGACGAGGACGUUCGAUACGUCCUAUAUGUUUAUCUCUUCAGAAUAGAAGAAUAGUAGUCAAUGUAUAUUGCAUAAGAAAUAUAAUUUAGUUCUUAAUAUAUAAUGCCUCCCUGUUCAAAUA